AUGUGGGGGAGAAGCCGUAUUCUUGUCCUGAGUGCGGAAAUGUUUUUCACCAGAAGUCCUGUCUUUCAAUACAUCAAAGAUCUCACUCGGCAGAGAAGCCACUUUGCUGUUCUGAGUGCGGGAAAUGUUUUUCAGAUAAAUACAAUCUUUUACACACAUCAGAGAUCUCACACGGGUGAAAAGCCAUAUUCCUGUCCUGUGUGCGGGAAAUGUUUUUCACAAAAGUCCAAUCUUUACACACAUCAGAGAUCUCACACAGGGAGGAAAAGCUUUUCCUGUCCUGAGUGCGGGAAGGGUUUCCUUUUUAAAUGCUAUCUUGAUGAACAUCAGAGAUCUCACACGGGGGAGAAGCCGUAUUCCUGUCCUGAGUGCGGGAAAUGUUUUUCAAAAAAGUCUAAUCUUAAAAAACAUCAGAGGCUUCACACAGCUGAGAAACCAUAUUCCUGUCCUGAGUGCGGGAAAACAUUUUCACAGAAGGUUCACCUUAGCACACAUCAAAGACUGCACACAGGGGAGAAGCCAUUUUCCUGUUCUGAUUGUGGGAAAAGUUUUUUUCAAAAAUCAGAGCUUGUUUCACAUCAGAGAUCUCACACUGGGGAGAAGCCAUAUUCUUGUCAUGAGUGUGGGAAACAUUUUUCAUGGAAGUCCAGUCUUUGCAUACAUCAGAGAUCUCACACGGGUGAGAAGCCAUAUUGCUGUCCUGAGUGUGGGAAAUGUUUUUCAGUGAAGUACAACCUUUACAAACAUCAGAGAUCUCACACGGGAGAGAAGCCGUAUUCCUGUCUUGAGUGCGGGAAAUGUUUUUCACAUAUGUCUAAUCUUUACAUACAUCAGAGAUCUCACACAGGGGAGAAGCCGUAUCCUUGUCCUGAGUGCGGGAAGUGUUUUUCACAGAAGUCCAAUCUUUCUAUCCAUCAGAGAUGUCACACAGGGAGAAGCCACUUUCCUGUCCUGAGUGAGGGAAAUGUUCCUCACUGA